GCUCCGCCGCACCGGCACCGGGCGCCCCUUUCUUUAUAGGCUCGGCCCGAGGGGGUGGGGGGCGGCGGCGGCCCCAGCCCCGAGGGGGCGGCUCCCCCCCUAAAAGCCGGCGGCGGGACGCGCGGCGGGCAGAGGCGCGGCCGGCGCUCCCGGUGCUCCGGGGCCGGCGCUCGCGGUGCCGCUGCGGCUCGGCCCGCCAUGCCCCCGCGGGGGCCGCUCGCCCGGGCCCCGGCUCCGCGCUCCCGGUGCAGCCGCCGCCGCCGCCACCGCUCGCUGCCGCCGCUGCCGCCGCCGCCGCCGCCGCGCCCGCGGCUCUGAGCGCCGCCGCCGCCGCGCCGGGAGACCGCGCCCCGCACCGGCUCCAAGAUGCUCCGCCAAGGGGGUUUCGUGGAGCUGCUCCUGGUGCUGCUGGGGCUGGAGGUCCAGGUGGCCGGGGGCUGCCCCAGCGACUGCGUGUGCUACCCGUCCCCGAUGACCGUCAGCUGCCAGGCCCACAACUUCGUCACCAUUCCCGAGGGGAUCCCCGAGGACAGCGAGAGGAUCUUCCUGCAGAACAACCAGAUCACCUUGCUGCUGCGGGGGCACUUCAGCCCCUCCAUGGUCACCCUCUGGAUCUACUCCAACAACAUCACCUUCAUCGACCCCAACACCUUCGAGGGGUUCGUGAACCUGGAAGAGCUGGAUUUGGGGGACAACCGCUACUUAAGGGCUUUAGCGGCGGACACCUUCCAAGGGCUGGUGAAACUCCACGCCUUGUACCUGUACAAGUGCGGGCUGAGCUCCCUGCCCAGCGGGAUUUUCGGCGGCCUCCACAACCUGCAGUACCUCUACCUGCAAGACAACCACAUCGAGUUCCUCCAGGACGAUAUUUUUGUCGACUUGGUUAACCUCAGCCAUCUUUUUCUGCACGGGAACAAGCUCUGGAGCCUCCAUCAGAACACGUUCAGGGGGCUCGUAAACCUGGACCGGCUGCUCAUCCACCAGAACCAGCUGCAGUGGGUUCACAGGCGGGCUUUCCACGACCUCCGGCGACUGACCACCCUCUUCCUCUUCAACAACAGCCUCUCGGAGCUGCAGGGCGACUGCCUGGCGCCGCUGGGGGCCCUGGAGUUCCUGCGGCUGAACGGGAACCCGUGGGGCUGCGACUGCAAGGCGCGCUCGCUCUGGGAGUGGCUGCGCAGGUUCCGGGGCUCCAGCUCCAGCGUCGUCUGCGAGGCGCCCGGGCGCCUGCGCGGCCGGGACCUCAAGGCGCUGCGAGCGGAGGACUUCAGGAACUGUUCGGGCGCCGAGUCCCUGCACCAGAUUAAGACACACACGUUCUCCACCGCGGACCGAGGAGCCUCCAAGACGCACCGCCACCCGCACCCCCCCUCCGAGGAGAAGGGCCAGGAGAGCGCGGCCGAGAACGGCUUGCACAGCAGCCAGCCCGCCGCCGCCCCGGGCGCCCGCAAGCCCGGCAAGAACUGCACCGGCCCCCGGAGCCGCCAGCGCCCCGCCAAGCCGGGCACCCUGGGGCCGCGCAAAGGCGCGCACGAGCUCCCGGACUACGUGCCCGACUACCAGCACAAGUUCAGCUUCGGCGCGAUGCCGACGGCGCCGCCGCGCCGCAGGGGUAAGUGUCCGCGGCGGCCCCCCGUGCGCCCCCCCAGCGGCGUCCAGCAGGCAGCCGGCUGCGCGGGGGCCAGGGCCUCGCUGCUCGCCUUCGCCGUGGCCUUGGCGGCCGCCCUCCGCUGAGCCCCGCCGCGGCCGCCCCGUCCCUACCGCCGCCCGUCCGCGAAGCACCGCCGUUGCCUUUCGGCGUCUUUUUCUCGCGCGCGGGCGAGGGCAGAGCGCCGCCGCCGCCGCCGCGGCUUUCGGAGCCGCGGGAAGGGGCGGCCGGCCCGGCCGGCGCCGGCGGGAGAGCCGGGCGGCAGGGACGGCACGGCCGGCCGGCCGGACUGGGUGGGUGCUCUCGCCACCGCCUGCCAGCUCGAGCGCGCGCUGCGCCAGCCCUCCAGCGACCGACAGGACGGGACUGCUGUAAAAACCAUCACCGAUUAAGCCUACACUUUAUCCGAGAGCGAGCGCAAGGACACCUCUAACUGUGUAAUAAGGACAUUGGUUCUCCCACUUUUUAGGCCCUUUUUGGCUCCAAACUCACAGGGCAAAGGUGGCUGGAAAUCUCUUUCGAAGACAAUCCCAAACCCUGAAAAUCUCAGGCCGCGGCGCGGAGCAGGGCUUGCCUGCUGGGCUUGGAGUAGCCGACUACCAAAGGAAAGACUGAGCAGAGGUGGAAUUAAAAAACAAACCCUGAAAGAAAUGAGGUACCUACAGAAGGUGCGUUUUUUUGUAACCGUGUUCACACAUUUAAAAAAAAAAGCAAACAACAAAAAAAAAUGCACAGGUCCCCCCCUUCCCCUCAAUUAUCCAUAUGUAUGUCUUAUAAUGUUUAUAAACUAUACGGAAACUAUAUCUCCAGAA